UAAGGAAUUGCAUUUUGCGAAAAGGAACAAGAAUUUUCUGCAAGGAUCAUAUCUAAGUGCACUUUUAGCUGAUACUUCAUUUCUAUCUUGCUCAAUCCCCCAGGCUGAAGUGCAGUGUUGUGAUCUUGGUUCAUUGCAACCUCCGCCUCCAGGUUCAAGUGAUUCUCAUGCCUCAGCCUCCCGAGUAGCUGGGAUUGCAGGUGCCUGCCACCAUGGCUGGCAGAUGUUUCUAUUUUUAGUAGAAACGGGGUUUCACCAUGUUGGCCAGGCUGGUCUUGAACUCUGGACCUCAGAUCUUGUAGAAAAUUUCAGCUGUACCCCUUGGACUAGAAGCUGAAAUAAUAGAAGCUGUAUACGAUGCAUUAGGGUAUUGAAGAAAAUUAGCUUUUGAAUUAAAUAUUUGGAAUAUAAGGAAAUAAGGAAAGGUGACUGAAAAUGGGGCGGAAGAAAAUACAAAUCACACGCAUAAUGGAUGAAAGGAACCGACAGGUCACUUUUACAAAGAGAAAGUUUGGAUUAAUGAAGAAAGCCUAUGAACUUAGUGUGCUCUGUGACUGUGAAAUAGCACUCAUCAUUUUCAACAGCUCUAACAAACUGUUUCAAUAUGCUAGCACUGAUAUGGACAAAGUUCUUCUCAAGUAUACAGAAUAUAAUGAACCUCAUGAAAGCAGAACCAACUCGGAUAUUGUUGAGACUUUAAGAAAGAAAGGCCUUAAUGGUUGUGAGAGCCCUGAUGCUGACGAUUACUUUGAGCACAGUCCACUCUCGGAGGACAGAUUCAGCAAACUAAAUGAAGAUAGUGAUUUUAUUUUCAAACGAGGCCCUCCUGGUUUGCCACCUCAGAACUUUUCAAUGUCUGUCACAGUUCCAGUGACCAGCCCCAAUGCUUUGUCCUACACUAACCCAGGGAGUUCAUUGGUGUCCCCAUCUUUGGCAGCCAGCUCAACGUUAACGGACUCAAGCAUGCUGUCUCCACCUCAAACCACGUUACAUAGAAAUGUGUCUCCUGGAGCUCCUCAGAGACCACCGAGUACUGGCAAUGCAGGUGGGAUGUUGAGCACUACAGACCUCUCAGUGCCAAAUGGAGCCGGAAGCAGCCCAGUGGGGAAUGGAUUUGUAAACUCAAGAGCUUCUCCAAAUUUGAUUGGAACUACUGGUGCAAAUAGUUUAGGCAAAGUCAUGCCUACGAAGUCUCCCCCUCCACCAGGUGGUGGUAAUCUUGGAAUGAACAGUAGAAAACCAGAUCUUCGAGUUGUCAUCCCCCCUUCAAGCAAGGGCAUGAUGCCUCCACUAAAUACCCAAAGGAUAAGUAGUUCUCAAGCCACUCAACCUCUUGCUACCCCAGUCGUGUCUGUGACAACCCCAAGCUUGCCUCCACAGGGACUUGUGUACUCAGCAAUGCCGACUGCCUACAACACUGAUUAUUCACUGACCAGCGCUGACCUGUCAGCUCUGCAAGGCUUCAACUCGCCAGGAAUGUUGUCGCUGGGACAGGUGUCGGCCUGGCAGCAGCACCACCUAGGACAAGCAGCCCUCAGCUCUCUUGUUGCUGGAGGGCAGUUAUCUCAGGGUUCCAAUUUAUCCAUUAAUACCAACCAAAACAUCAACAUUAAGUCCGAACCAAUUUCACCUCCUCGGGAUCGUAUGACCCCAUCGGGCUUCCAGCAGCAGCAGCAGCAGCAGCAGCCGCCGCCGCCACAGCCGCAGCCACAGCCACAGCCACAACCCCCGCAGCCCCAGCCCCAGCCCCGACAGGAAAUGGGGCGCUCCCCUGUGGACAGUCUGAGCAGCUCUAGUAGCUCCUAUGAUGGCAGUGAUCGGGAGGAUCCACGGGGCGACUUCCAUUCUCCAAUUGUGCUUGGCCGACCCCCAAACACUGAGGACAGAGAAAGCCCUUCUGUAAAGCGAAUGAGGAUGGACGCGUGGGUGACCUAAGGCUUCCAGGCUGAUGUUUGUACUUUUGUGUUACUGCAGUGAACUGCCCUACAUAUCUAAAUCGGUAAAUAAGGACAUGAGUUAAAUAUAUUUAUAUGUACAUACAUAUAUAUAUCCCUUUACAUAUAUAUGUAUGUGGGUGUGAGUGUGUGUGUAUGUGUGGGUGUGUGUUACAUACACAGAAUCAGGCACUUACCUGCAAACUCCUUGUAGGUCUGCAGAUGUGUGUCCCAUGGCAGACAAAGCACCCUGUAGGCACAGACCAGUCUGGCACUUCCUUGGACUACUUGUUUCAUAAAGAUAACCAGUUUUUGCAGAGAAACGUGUACCCAUAUAUAAUUCUCCCACACUAGCUUGCAGAAACCUAGAGGGCCCCCUACUUGUUUUAUUUAACUGUGCGGUGACUGUAGUUACUUCAGAGAAAAUGCUUUGUAGAACAGAGCAGUAGAAAAGCAGGAACCAAGAAAGCAAUACUGUACAUAAAAUGUCAUUUAUAUUAUCCAACCUGGCAUGGGUGUCUGUUGCAAAGGGGUGCAUGGGAAAGGGCUGUUGAUAUUAAAAAACAAACAAAACAAAAAAGCCCCACACAUAACUGUUUUGCACGUGCAAAAAUGUAUUGGGUCAAGAAGUGAUCUUUAGCUAAUAAAGAAAGAGAAUAGAAAACACGCAUGAGAUAUUCAGAAAAUACUAGCCUAGAAAUAUAGAGCAUUAACAAAGUAAAAUUAAUAUAUUAAGUUAUAAUUGGAAUAUGUCAGAAGUUUCUUUUUACAUUCAUAUCUUAAAAAUUAAAGAAACUGAUUUUAGCUCAUGUAUAUUUUAUAUGAAAGAAAACACCCUUAUGAAUUGAUGACUAUAUAUAAAAUUAUAUUCACUACUUUUGAACACAUUCUGCUAUGAAUUAUUUAUAUAAGCCAAAGCUAUAUGUUGUAACUUUUUUUUAGAGAAUAGCUUUAUCUUGGUUUAACUUUUUAGUUUUAUUUUAAGAGGGGAAAACAAAAAUAUCUUGCAAGCAGAACCUUGGAAAAAAAAAGCCAUGAACACUUAUUCUAUAUGUAAAUUAAAAGUUGAGCCAAACUCUUUGUGUAUAUAGCAUCUUAAAUAUAUUAUCACCUUUGAUGUAAGUACCUAUGUAUUGUAUGGUCACCAGAUUAAAAAGUAUAUUUUUGUGGAUUGCCGCCAAUUUGGGGGGAAAAGGCGAGGUCCUUUAUUAAGUAUUCACUGUUUAAUAUUUACUAUUUUGUUAAAUAUACUGUACUUUGGAUUUUAAUUAUUAGCCCAGUUUUUUCAGAGGAUUGUAUAAAGGGGUUUCUCCCCUCACUGGUGGUGAAUGUGUGAUGUUACAUUGUAAUCUUUGUGCUGUAUGGGUUGAGCAUCAUUAUAUAUUUUAUAUGUGUACAUAAAUAGCAAAGUGGCAAAAAAAUUGGUGUUAAGUUCAUCCUGCAUAAGUAUAAAAUGUGUUGUAACAAAUUUUAUAAGGCAUUAUUUAAAACUUGCCUUUUGUGAGGAAAAAAAUAUAGUAGAAAAAGCUGACCUAAUUUAAUUAAUAUUAGAGAAAAUGGCAAAAUAGUAGAUGAGCACAAAGGUUUUAUAAGUGGUAAAUGAUUAGGGGAAAAUACUCGUGGGGAAAGGGAUCUUUUUUCCUUGACCAUCUGAAAACAGAAUGAUGCAGCUGGUUACAAAAUCCUACCAUUAUCAGCUCUUCUGCACAUCGCAGAGAUAAAGCUUUGGUAUGCAGGGAGAAACGCUCUUAAGGUGCCGGUCCUUGGCAUGACUCUUGCCAUUCUAAUUGGAAUUAGUGCCACCCUCAGCUUGGAUUUUGAACAAGGCCUUAUUCUUUCAGGAAGACAACUAAUGGAUGAUAGCAGGUUCAUCCACUUACUGGGCUUGUGCCAUGAGCAAAAUUCAAAGUCCUGUAUAUCUUUCAUUGUAGAUUUUUAAAUACUCCUUUUCCUGAAAAACUCAAGGGUUUAAAUAUUGCUAUUUUAUAUUUUAAACAAUAUUGAGCAGCUACCUACAAUUUCUACGUACAUUUUGUUCCCCUCACCACUACCCCCAAAUUAUGUUCCUUUUGACAUUUUCCAUUAUGUUCCUUUUGACAUUUUCCUCAUUUGCUGUUUGUGACAAGUCAUCAGCCAGAUUUCCUGACUGACACAUAGGUGUGAUCAGUGCAGGAGAAACCUGUGCACCACAGGCUGCAAACUGGAGGUUCUGUUCUCAUGGCAGUUUGGGCAGUAACUUUUGAGAGAGGCCAAAAAAAGGAGGAUGACAUGCUGUCUCCUCUCUUCAGUAUAGACAUUUGGCUCUUAUUCAGAAAGCAUUUUUCUUUAAAAAUGUACUUAUUUUACUGAACUACUUACAGGCACAUUUCUUCAUAAGACCACACCUAAUCCAAACAAGAUAGUCUCCCAACACUGAAGUUCCAAAAUAAUCCUUACCACUUUGUAAACCAUUUAUAGCUUUGAAAGUGUUAAGUGAUUCCUUCGUUAUUAUUUAUGCAUGUUCAUGAACUUCUGCUGUACAUUGGAAUAGGAGUUAACACAUUCACAUUUACUGUCUAUUUUCUUGUGUGCCUUAUGAGAUGGCUUUUCUGACUGUAUCUCAAUAGUCUUUCUUUCUAUGCAGGUUUAUAAUCAGUACAACUACUGUUUUCUAAAAUAAUAUUACUCAAGGCUCGGAGUUUGUAUUUAAAUUACACUGACCAAGUAACAAUGUAUUCCAUUUCAGGAACCGAAUAUUUGACUGUUAACCUUUUUCCCAUACGCCCAGUGUGGCAUGGAGCAUAUGGACUUGACAGACAUCUCUCACCCAGACGCUCAUGUGUGAACACACCCACAUCCACAUCUCUGGGUGGAAACCAGCCUAGAGCGGGGACAACGCUAAUGGUGUUGCUUUAGAACCGUCUUUUCUUACCCUUUUAGACUCGUGUUUUGUAUGAGACACCAUUGCAAGAAAAUUUUAUCCCUCCAGAAGUAUUUUAUUACUAAAAAACAAAAGCAAAAAAAGCUUAGAGUAAAUUGCACUGGUUAAAGUACAGUUUCCAACAGCUGUACUUCUUUAGUACUCUAAUCGCCACUCCACUGCGAGUGAAAGUCACCAUUGUGUGUACACAGGUGGUCCCAAUCAGAACUCCAUCAUUUGAGCCCAAUUAUGUCCAUUGUGUUGUAGACUAAAUCAGGGGUUUGUUCUAAAAGAACAAUACAUGUUUUACCAUUUCCUUUAACUAGAAGGACAACUAGUAAUGCAUUAACAUAAUUUCUCUAUUAACCAUCAUGCGCACAAGAAAUACAUAGUAAAUAAGGAACCUGAAAACUCCUGGCAUUGGAUCUUAAGAAGCUAGAUGAUUAGAAUGUGAAAAAGAUUUUACAAAUGUAAAACUUCUAUUUCUCUGUAGAAACUUUCUUCACUUUGCUGUGCAAGAAGACACUGCUUUGCUAUAUUUAAAAUGGCUUUUUUAAAGAGAUUUAUGUAUUUGGUAAAUGUUUGUAGUCAACAGUUCACACAAGAAGCUGUACACGGUUUGAUCAUGUAAAACCGUUUGGCGGCACAAGCUGGACUUUGUUGCCAUCCUUGAGAUGAACCUUUUAAGAAAAAUAAGUUAAUCUCAAUUUUUCCCUGAAUGUGUUGUUUUUCUUCAUUAUACAAUAAAUAUAAUAGUGAACUUUUUAUCAAAUGGUGAAGACAA